UCACUCCCUCACUCUUUAAAUUUUGCCUCUUUCUCACUCCUUCUCUCCCACCGUUUUUAAUGACUUUGUCAUCCUAAUCCGAUUUGAUGAAUUUGUGACACCUUUAAUCUUUUUCAUCAUCUCUUCAGAUCUAUCUUUUCUAAAUUCAGCUCCAUUUCCAAGCUACGUUCUUUACAAGUUCAUAUCUUUUUGUGCUUUCCAUUACUGUUUAUCAUCAUCUCUUCCGAUCAUCAUCCAAGCCGCAGCUAAUUUGCCAAUCAAUUGCCUUCAAUUGCUUUGAACUUUUUCAUUCAGUCGUUUUAGUUUUUGUCUUGUCAAGAAUUAUAAGAAUCUAAAUUCGAGGAUCGAUCGAGAAUGGCUGAAUUACAGAAAGGGAAACCUACGCUCCAGAAACCACCAGGUUACAAAGACCCAAACGUUCCGGUCCAACGGCAGCCGAGAGCACCGCCGAGAAAAGUAGUUCUCCCACCAUCCUUCCACCAAAAGAAGAAACGCAGAAGCUUCCGUCAUAUUUGCUGCUGCUCCUUUUGCAUCUUAAUGUUAAUCCUUGUCGUCGUAUUUUCGGUAUCUUUUGCAGUUUUUUACCUCUGGUUUGAUCCAAAACUCCCAGUUUUUCACCUGCAGUCAUUUUCGUUUCGACACUUCAACGUCACUGUGAAAACCGACGGCACCUACUUGAACGUUGCAACGUUGACAAGAAUAGAAGUACGAAACCCUAACGGGAAGUUAACGUAUCAUUAUGGUGGGUCCGACGUGGAGGUGAGUGCAGGGCAAGAUAAGGGUAUCGAGUUAGGAUCCACACAUGUGGCAGGAUUCUCUCAAGCCAAAAACAACAUGACAAGUUUAAAGAUUGAGACGAAGAAUAACCAGGUGGUUGAAGAUGCCGUGGGGCCGAGGCUAAUGAGUCGAUACAAAAACAAGGAUAUAGUGGUGAAUGUCGAGAUUCGGACGACCGUUGGUGUGGAGUGGAAAGGCUGGAGGAUAAGACCUUUGCGUGUUAAUAUCGUUUGUGGAGGUGUAACUUUGAGGACUCUAAAUCGAGACAUGCCCAAAUGCACCAUUAAUUUACUCAAAUGGAUUAAUAUUCAUGGAUAAGAUUGUGAUCAUGUGGGGGAAGUUGAAGGUAGAAGAAGACCGAUGCCUUCAACAGGAGGAUUAUAUGAUACAUACAAUUCUGAUACAAUUAUUUGCUUAAAAAAAAAAAAAAAGGUAAAUGGAGAGGUAUAAGACAACAAUUGUGAUAAGUGUCGGUGUCUAAGCUUUGUAUUCUUUUUGAUGUAAUGGGUUAUACGGUGGGUAUACAUGUAAUUUGAGAGAGUUGAGAAGUGGGGAUUGUAUAAAUUAAUUUAUUUUGUUUAUAAAUUAUAUUUAAUUUUCGGGUGGUUGAUAA